ACUGUGAAUGAUUAAGCAGAAAGAAGAAGAUUUUUUUUUUGGUGUCAUUAAUUAAUUUGCAUUUUUAUUGUGUAAAUUUAGAGAUUUUAAUUAUCGAAAUCAGGCCAAAAGACAAAAAAAGAAAUUAACCAAAUAUUAAUAAAAUAGUAUAUUCCAAUAUGAGUUUACUCCGCUACAUAUUGGGGCCAAAGCUCUACAUGGAAUAUGGCCUCGGAACAACUCAAAAAAUGUAUGAGGCCGGUGGCCUGGAAAAAUUUGGUGACCAAAUACUUUCAACGAUUAACUUAAUGUGGAACAUUGGUUUUUACACCUCACCUUUGCUGGCCACAUUCUUAUAUCGUCGUGGCUAUUUUGUUAUGGACUCUGUAGCAACUCUAGCUAAGAUAAGUACAAGUAUUGGUAUUAUUGUCAUAAUUUCAAUGGUUAUGCGUGGUUUGGGUCGUACUCAAUCUGCCUCAUAUACUAAAUUGAUUAAAGCCAUGGAGCUGUUGAGAUCACCCAAAACAGAAAUGGAGGGCAAGAGAGCUUUGAGAUUAUUCGAUUAUGAAUUUAAAGCUUGGGCUGUGGAUUUCGAUGUUAAAAGUUUACAAAGUGAUGAUAAGAAAAAUAAAGCUGUUUUAGCUAAAAACUCUACACGCAGUUUUCGCUUGGCCACUAUACCCUGUGAAAUUGCUGCCUAUAUUGCCAUACAUUCAUUUGGUAUAAGGAUGAUGUAUCCGGGCUCUAUUAAAUUGCUACAAAGCUAUAUGAGACCCAUGUUGGUAUCAGGUCGUGCAAAAUUAAUCGAAGAAGAAAACGCCAGACGUUAUAAAGUUCACACCACAGAUGACAAUGAUAUUGACACUGUAUUUGUGGAUAAUCGCAUUAGGAGCAGUAAUGGCAAAACAUUGGUAAUUUGCUCAGAAGGCAAUGCCGGCUUUUAUGAAAUUGGCAUUAUGGGCACACCUUUGGCCCUAAAAUACUCCGUAUUAGGUUGGAAUCAUCCUGGUUUUGAAGGUAGUACUGGUAAACCUUAUCCCGAUCAGGAUAAGAAUGCCAUUGAGGCUGUGGUACAAUUUGCCAUUUAUCAUUUGGGCUUUGCCGUAGAAGAUAUUAUAUUUUAUGGUUGGAGUAUUGGUGGUUUUAGUUCUCUAUGGGCUGCAUCUUGCUAUCCAGAUGCCAAAGGAGUGAUUUUGGAUGCUACCUUUGAUGAUGUUUUAUAUUUGGCACAACCUCGCAUGCCAGCCAGUUUGUCGGGUAUUGUACGUAUAGCUAUACGUGAAUAUUGUAAUUUAAAUAACGCCGAAUUGGCUCAAAAUUAUCAUGGCCCCAUUAGUUUGAUAAGACGUACGGAGGAUGAAGUUAUAGCUGAAGAUAAUCAACUCGAAACGAAUCGUGGUAACUUUUUGGCUUUAGGUAUUUUAAAAUAUCGUUAUCCUCAUAUUUAUAAAACGGCUCAGCUUAACCGCUGCAAACAGACUCUGUCCAAACCCAUUGAAAUAAGAAAUUUAACAACCGCUGACGACGAGCUGUGCUUGUCACGUUUAAUUACCUAUGCCUCGGAUCAGGGUAAAAAAUAUCCCAUGGACAUUGGUGAAGAUUAUAGCGAAGAAGUGCGCCAUCAAAUGGCUGACUUUUUGCUGCGCAAACAUUUCCGUGAUUUCAAAUCGACCCAUUGUACCCAAUUACCAGCAGAAUAUUUUAACAUUCCAUUUGACAUACCAGUGGAACAUGGCUUUGUGUUUACCUAAAUAAAUAUUACUCAAGAAAUACAGCAACAAAAACAAGACAAAAACCAAGAAAAGAGAAGCUAUUGGAGUCAAGUUCGUCAAUUUCGUUUGUAAGAUAAAUGUUUUAAUAAUAUUAAUCUUCCAAAGGAAAUCAAGAAACAAGACUCUUUCUUAUAAAUUAUUAAAAAUUAAGCAUUUUUUUCUAUUAAUUAUAAAAAUAUUAAUUAAAAUAAAGGGGGUACAAAAAUCUAAGAAAUCA